AUGAAUUCUGGAGAAUAUUCUACGGCGUUUGCCUUGUUUGAAGGCUUGUGGGAGGCUGGUGUUAAAAAUUGCUUCGUGAAUAUUGGCUCCGACCAUCCACCUAUUGUUGAAGCGAUUGUCAAGGGCAAACGUGAACGGCCGAGUAACUGGCCUCGGUUUGUAACAUGCCCCAGCGAAAUGACAGCAAUAUCUAUGGCAGAUGGCCAUGCUCGCGUGACUGGUCGGCCUCAGGCUGUCAUUGUCCAUGUUGAUGUUGGCACCCAGGCCCUGGCCCACGGGGUUCAUAAUGCGAGUGUUGGGCGUGCUCCCGUCUUCAUAUUUGCCGGUCUCUGUCCAAUUACAGAAUCAGGAGAAUUGACUGGUUCUCGCACGGAGUACAUGCACUGGCUGCAGGAACCCCAUGAUCAAAAGGCCAUUGUGCGUCAAUACUGUCGGUAUGUUGGCGAAGUUAGGACUGGGUCCAAUGUUAAGGAAACACUUGGACGUGCUCUACAAUUUGCUUCCAGUACUCCGAAAGGUCCGGUCUAUGUUGUUGCAGCACGAGAGGUGCUAGCUCAAGCCAUUCGCCCAUACUCUCUUGAUCAAGAAAAAUGGGUUCCUAUUGGGCCCGCUGCACUGCCUGAUGAUGCAGUUCGUACCAUCACCGAAGCUUUGGUGGGCGCUGAGAGGCCUCUUGUGAUCACCGGCUACUCUGGUCGUGAUCGUCGCACUCCAGAACUGUUAGUCGAACUUGCCGAUAAGAUCCCUGGUCUUCGGGUUCAUGAUACUGGAGGAAGUGACAUGUGCUUUCCGUUUGACCAUCCAGCCUCACUGGGAUUUCGAUUGGCUUUUGAUGAAUGCACCCGUGAUGCUGAUGUAGUUCUGAUAUUGGAUUGCGAUGUACCGUGGAUCCCUGCACGAAAUCCGCCACGUGAGGAUGCCAAAUUCUUCCAUAUCGAUGUUGACCCGUUAAAUCAACAAAUACCAGUAUCGUUCUUUCCAGCACACGGACGAUGGAAGGCUGACUGUUACCUUGCGCUAAAGCAAAUGCUCGAGUGUCUAGAUAGGGAAUUUCGCGGCGUUCAGCAAGACUCCACAUAUAUUGCUCGCAAGCAAGAUUUGGUCGUACAGCAUAAGGAUCGAUUGGAUAAAUUGGCCAAACUGCCGCAAGUCGGAGAUGAGGCGUCCCUUGAUGGACACAACAUUGGGCGACUUCUGAAAGAGUGUCUCCCUGAGGAUACUACAUUCGUUGUCGAGGCCGUGACCUGUGUUUCGAUGAUCGCAGAUCAGCUUCAGCCAACUCGCCCAGGAAGCUGGAUUAAUUGUGGUGGAACGGGAAUUGGCUGGAGCAAUGGAGCAGCUCUGGGUGUCAGAAUGGCAAUGAAUGAGGAAAAGGUACCCGGUAUUGUGUGUCAAGUCGUUGGUGAUGGGAGCUUCAUGUGCGGAUCUCCAACGAGUGCUAUAUGGGCUUCGUAUAAGCACAAGAUCCCAAUCCUCACGGUUGUUCUGAACAAUGGUGCCUGGAAAGCACCGCGCAAUUCAGCGGAGCUAGUGUACCCAAGUGGACUCAACAAAACCGCUACUGACGACGAGCUAAACGUUUCCUUGAGACCAUCUCCAGACUAUUCGAAACUCGCCGAGGCAGCUGCCACGCAAGCUGGGUGGUUAAAAGGCUCACAGGCUAAGACGGUCAAAGAGUUGCGCGAACAACUCAUCGAGGCUGCCAACAUUGUACAAAUGGGACGUAGUGCACUGGUAGAUGCGGUGAUUUAG